AUGCCAUACCAUCCUGAAAUUGGGUUGAAUGUUCGCACAAGUUCAUUAAUAGCACAGACAAAAACUUCUAAGAUUUUUGCAGUGAAAAAAAGAAAUGAUUUGGUUCUUAAAAUUGUACAUCAAAAGAUUUUACUGGAAAGGGAAAAAAAAGCACUUGAAAAAUUAAAAGGAAUUAUUGGGAUUAUUCAACUUUUGGGGCAGUCAAAAUGUGCAUUAUUGUUAUCUCCAAGGGCAGAAUGUUCAUUCAACAAUUCAGGGCUACCAGUAUUUAAUAGCAGUAAUGAUAUUAUUUUAGCAGAUUUUGGCUCAAGUGCUUUUAUAGGAGAGAUAGAUUUUUAUGGAGGUGCACCAUUGUUUUUAGUUUCUGAACGUGUGCUAAACAGUUAUGGAAAAAUCAUAGAUGCUCAUCCAAAGGAUGACCUUCAUGCAUUAAUUCGGUCUCUUUAUUUACUUGUAAAUCAGUCAAAUUUAAAUGAAACUUUUUUAAACAUUGAUGACACAAAUUCAGUUCGUGAAUAUUGGGAAAUAUAUUUAAAACUUGCAUGGCUAAUGUUAUCAGAUUGGGCAAUUAAACAAUUAGAAAAAAUAACACAUCUGCAUUUAAAUUGUCCUGAGGAAACUUGUUAUGGUGUUCUUGCUGUACAUCGUAUAUGUUUUGCGCUUUCACUUUUCCAUUUAAUUCUAGGGUUAUUGGUAUUUAAAGUUAAUAGCACUCGUGAUAAAAGAUCUUCUAUUCAGAAUGGAUGGUGGGGACCAAAAAUAUUGUUUUGGAUACUUCUUCUAGUCAUUAGUUUUUUUAUUCCAAAUGAAUUUUUUAUGUUUUGGGGUAAUUCAAUCUCAUUGAUUGGGGCUGCAAUUUUUAUUCUCAUUGGUUUGGUAAUUUUGAUAGAUUGUGUACAUACCUGGAGUGAAAAAUGCAUUGAAAAAUGGCAAGAUGAGGAGAGCGAGUUUUGGAAAUAUUUAUUAAUUGGUUCAACUCUUUCAUUGUUUAUUGGUUCAAUUGCACUCACUGGUAUUAUUACAAUUUUAUCUAUUCAUCCUGUAAUCCAAGAAGAAAAUUCUCGAUCAGGUCUUUCACAAGCAUCAAUGGUGGCUUUUUAUUGUACAUACCUUAUUUUAAUUUGUAAUCCUUUAUUAGAUACUGCAAAUGGAACCAGAGUCACCACUGUGGUUAUUGGAGCUUUGUUCACUUUUAUGGCAAUUGCUUACUCUACAUCGAGGGCAGCUACACAAGAUAUUACUUCCGGAACACGAUCUGGUUCACUAUUGGCUGCUGUUGAAAAUGGGAAUACUAUUCAAAUUACCGGAUCAGACGAAUUGGUUAUAAUUGGUAGAAGCCUUACAUCUGUUUGGGUCAAAGUUGUUUGUAGUUGGAUUUGUUUGUUGUUAUAUUUUUGGUCACUUCUUGCGCCAGUUUUAUUACCCGAAAGAUUUGAGGUAUGA